AUUUAUUUAUUUUUGUAUUAUAUAUUUUAUUGUAAAUUAUUUUAGUGUAAAUUAUUUUAGUGUAAAUUAUUUUAGUGUCUAGUAAAUAUUGCAGUAAAUUCAGUUUAUCGAUCUACACAUAAAUGAGUUGUUUCUUGAUUUCUAUCGCUUUUAUUCAAUUUCUAACUCUUUCUCAUAUUCCUUGAAAUAUUUUAAUAUUUCCUCCAUCUACUCACCACUUGAGAAUUCUGUAUGAUGAGUAGUGAGGAUAAGAAGGAUCAGUAUUUGGAGACUACUUUGGGUGAUUCUGGCAGUUACGUAUUAAGGAACGAGUCUAAAGAUGACACGUUUUUAAUAAAAGUCGAUGAGAGUAGUUCGUCUUUGAAGCGGUCGAAAACAGACCCUGACAUCGACUGCAUAAAAGUAGUCCAAUACGACGAGGAUGACACGGAGAUAUGCUACAAGUUCUACGGUGAGAAGGACUCACCGAACAUGGAGUACAACUACCACGAUUUCAGCCACUCCACCUGGUAUGAUUUCACUAAAAUGAAGACUCCAAUCCCCUCAAAAAUUGAAAAACAUACCUGCGACGAUAUUAGCAUCUGCCUUCCAAUACACGCCGGAGUUCUCUACAGCCUCAAACGAGCCGUCUCAGGGAUAACGACUGGUUGGGCGUUUUUGAGAAAAUCUGAGCGUCGACUGAUAUCGUAUUAUUUGAAGGAAUUUUUAAAUGGCAUUUUAUGUGCGAUAACGAUGUUGCCAGAGGUGAUUAGUUUCUCAUUUAUAGCUGGAAUUCCAAUCCACGUGGCACUUCACGGGAGUUGGAUUUUAUGUCUGUGUGCCACGAUUUUUGGCGGAUCGCCGGGUAUAGUCACAGGCGUCAGUGGCGCCUUUGCAGCUGUAGCUGGCACCUACGCACUGGAUCGUGAAAACACUUCCUUUACCGCAGAUGACCAUAACAUGAGCAUGGUCAGGCUACUAGUCGCGAUCAUGAUUGCGAGUAUUCUCCUACUCAUAUUCUCAUUCAUACACCUGGCAAGCAUUAGCCAAUUCCUAUCCACAUCAGUUAUCAUUGGAUAUUCCAACGGGCUGGCGUUAAUCAUUGCCAAGGCGCAGUUGCAUGGAUUUCAUGAUUUCGAUACGGGGAAAUAUUUGCGGGGUUCGGAUUUGUAUAUUUCUAUUCUCUACUGCGUAGUAGCAUUUGCCAUAGCGCAGUUUAUUCACUACAUACCAAAGAUCGGGAAAUACAUCCCAUCGGCACUUUUAGCAAUUAUUACCGUAAUCCUGAUCCACUACUCCAUAGUAAUCCACACACUACCCUCGAUCAGGAUUUCUACGGUGGGAAGUGUGGCUAAUUUGAGUUCAGAAACUUCAUUCCCCUCAUUUUUAUUUACAACGCAUUUAAAAUAUGUUAAGGAGUUGAAAUUCGACUUUGCGCUUGUGAGACAGAGUCUGGUCUUCACAGCCAGUAUCAUGAUUGAGAUGCUGAUAAUCGCAGACAUAGUGAAAACCCUGGGCGCCAGAGAGCCAAACUCUAACCAGCAGUUGUUUGGACUUGGGUUUGGCAAUUUUCUGAGCUCGCUCAUGGGCAGUAUGGGCGGCAGUUCAAUGGUGGGAAUUACCAUCAUGAACCUCAACAGCGGUUCAAAAUGGAAGGAAUCCUCACUGGUGACGGGGUUAUUUGUGUUUAUUAUGCUGGCUGGCGGGUAUCCGAUACUUAAUUACAUCCCAAUCCCAGCGCUGUGUGGGAUUAUGCUCAGUGUCUCAUGUCACUGUUUCAAGUGGUUCAGCGUGCCCAUGGUGAUUUUUAGCGCUUUACCAGGCCGUGUUCGGAGUCUUCACCCGCGCAUGAAGAUGAAAAUCUCACGCUACGACGCGUUUAUCAUACUGGCAGUUACGGUGCUGUGCGUGGUCUGGAUCGUACCACUGGCUGUGUUCUUCGGCGUGGUUUUGGCGGCAUUUGCAUAUGUCUGGGAAAGUAAAUCCAAGUUUAAAGUGGAAAUCUACUAUGACAAGGAGGCCAAUAUUAAAUACUACGAAGUUGAAGGGAGCAUUUUCUACGCCAGUAAGCGGAUGCUCACAAGGUCAUUUACACCCAGAGAAGACCCACCGACCACCGUUAUCGUACUCCUCGCAUCUACCAGCCUCUUCGACUACACCGCCAUCGAAGCUCUCAACUCCCUCAAAGGACUCUACGCAUCCUACAACAAAUCCCUCAUCAUCAAAGGAUUGAGUCACGGGUGUAUAAAGAAGGUUGCGAAGAUGAAUAGGUUAUGUAGGCAUAUGGAGCAUGACUUGGUGGGAAUCACGCCGCCGACGUUACCGACGCUUUACACACCCUUUUACCACCAUGUAAGUCUCACCGCCAGGACACCCAAUAGCACUUUACAACCCGUGUAAUAUACUUUCACUAUA